AUGGCGUCCAUCGCCGACGAGCUCUUGAACGACUUCGAGUCGGACGGCGACGAGGAGAACCAGGAGGCCCUUGAAGGCGACAUUGUCACACACUCGGUCCUACGACCAUCAGAUCCUAGCGAUGCUCACGGCAAUGGCGGCAUGGAGCUGGACGGCGACGAGGAAGAGUCAGAUGGCGAAGAGGGAGACACUGCGCCAAACAGCAAGAUCCAAGAGACAGAAACAGAAGAGGAAGCAAAAGCGCGGGUUGAAAAGAUGGAUCUUGCUGCUGUAGGAGAUGUGCGCAGUGUCGCCAACUUGAUGAAGACGCUACAACCAGUACUCGAGAAAAUCGCCCACUACCAGAGCCUGCCAUCCGACCAACAAACAAAGAACAUUGGCUCCAUCGAGGACAACCCCGAGUACAAGCUCCUGACCGAGUCCAAUACCCUGUCCACCUCGAUCGAUGGUGAGGUCAUUCUGGUCCACAAGUUCAUCCGCGAUCACUACUCGACACGCUUCCCCGAGCUCGAAAGACUGGUCCAGAACCCGCUCGACUACGCAAAGACGGUUGCCAUCAUUGGAAAUGGCCCUAUGGAGGACGUCAAGAGCUUGUCAAACUCGACAGACAACCCCGUCGGCCAGUCACUGCGUCAAGUCUUGGACGGCCCCACUAUGAUGGUUGUCACGGUCGAAGCCACAACCACAAGAGGUACCCCUCUAGAUGAUUCUGAGCUUUCUAACGUCAGACGUGCUUGCGACAUGAUCCUCCAGCUUGACAAGGCUAAGAGAACACUCACCGAAUACGUGCAAUCCCGCAUGAAUGUCUUCGCUCCUAACCUCACAGUCCUCAUCGGCUCCCUAACAGCCGCUCAACUCAUCAACUUCGCCGGCGGCAUAGCAGGCCUCGCAAAAACACCCUCCUGCAACAUCCCCCCACUAGGCUCCAAGAAGCAAACCCAAACCGGUUUCGCAACAAACGUCGGUGUCCGUCACCAAGGCUUCCUCUACAACUCCCCUUUGGUCCGCGAAGUUCCCAGCGACCUAAAAAAACAAGCCAUGCGCAUCGUCUCUGCCAAAGUCGUCCUAGCAGCCCGCAUGGAUCGCGUCCACGCCUCACCAAACGGCGCAGAUGGAGAAGUUUUGAAGGAACAAUGCAUAAACCGCCUCGACAAACUCGUAGAACCCGCACCGAACCGAGGUGCCCGCGCCCUCCCCGCCCCUGACGAUAAACCGUCCCGUAAACGUGGUGGCCGUAGAGCACGCAAAGCCAAAGAAGCAACGGCAAUGACAGAUCUGAGGAAAGCACAAAACCGCAUGGCUUUCGGAAAGGAAGAGGCAGAAAUCGGCUAUGGCACUGGAGAUGGCACGACAGGCUUGGGCAUGAUCGGUGCCGCGCAAACAGGAUCCAUCCGCACACAGCAAAUCGAUCAACGCACCCGAGCCAAACUGUCAAAGAAAAACCCGGGCUGGGGUGGCGCCACACCUGCUCCCUCUGGCCUGGCGUCAACCUUCCACGGCGGCUUUGGCUCUGGCACAGCAUCUGUAUUACGCUCCUCCGGUCUGCGCACCUCUGGCGUGGGUAUGGGAUCCGGAACCUCGAGUAUUGCAUUUACACCCGUUCAAGGCUUGGAACUUGUAGAUCCAAAGGUUCGGGAUGAGAUGAAUAGGAAGAGAAAGGCUGAUGAGGAUCGCUGGUUUAAAGGGGGCACUUUUACACAGAUUGGGGGUGCUGGGACUGAGAAACCUGGAUUUGGGGCUGCAGGGGGUAAUGGUGGGUUCAAGGUUCCUGCGUUGCCGCCGAUGGGGAAGAAGAGAGAUACGGGUGCUGAUAAGUGA